AUGGAGGCCACCAAGGGUGCUGGUGGAAGAAGAGGCGAGAGAAAGAAGGCCGUUUCCAAAUCUGUCAAAGCUGGCCUUCAAUUUCCGGUUGGUCGAGUCACAAGGUACUUGAAGAACGGUCGUUACUCUCGGCGAUUGGGAACCGGAGCUCCCAUCUACCUCACCGCCGUUCUUGAAUAUCUUGCCGCCGAGGUUUUGGAGUUGGCGGGGAAUGCCGCACGUGACAACAAGAAGAAUAGGAUUAACCCUAGGCACGUGUUACUUGCUGUUAGGAAUGACGAAGAGUUGGGGAAACUGCUUCAAGGUGUGACCAUUGCUAGCGGUGGAGUGUUGCCAAAUAUCAACCCUGUUUUGUUGCCUAAGAAGAAUAAAACCGCCUCUGCCGAGACGUCUUCAACCCCUAAGUCUCCAUCUAAGAAUUAG